UUUUCUGAGCCACGGUGACGUCACGUAGACACACGAAAAAAUGGCGGCGGCUCUGAGCAGUGAGUUCAGUGACUUGGUGCAGAUUAAAAAGCAGCUGAAUUCUAUGAUAUCGCAGUGUAAAGAGCGCGGACUGGUGCACAGUGUCAAGUGGGCUUCUGAGUUGGCUUUUUCGCUCGAUCCUCUUCCACUCAGUGAGAUACCUUCUCCAUCUCAGGUCACGGAGGAUGAAGCCCAUGACCUGGAUGCUUUGUGUUUGGCAAAGUCGUAUUUUGAUCUAAAGGAAUAUGACCGUGCAGCAUAUUUCCUGCGUGACUGCCACAGUCAGAAAGCAUAUUUCCUUUACAUGUACUCGCGCUACCUGUCAGGAGAGAAGAAGAAAGACGAUGAGACAGUGGACAGUCUGGGUCCUCUGGAAAAGGGUCAGGUGCGUAAUGAAGCUCUGAGAGAAUUGAGAGUGGAGCUCAGCAAGAAACACACCGCUGGAGAACUGGAUGGAUUUACACUAUACCUGUAUGGGGUUGUGUUGAGGAAGCUAGAUUUGAUGAAGGAGGCUGUGGAUGUGUUUGUGGAGGCGACCCACGCUCUCCCUCUGCAUUGGGGUGCCUGGCUCGAGCUCUGCAACCUCAUUACCAACAUUGAUAUGCUGAAGUCUCUAUCCCUGCCAGACUGUUGGGUGAGGGACUUCUUCAUGGCCCACAUGUUUACAGAGCUACAGAUGAUAACGGAGGCGCUGCAGAAAUACCAGAGUCUGAAGGAGGCUGGAUUCUCCAAGAGCACCUAUAUCAUCUCCCAGAUAGCUGUUGCCUACCACAACAUUCGAAGUCUUGAACCAUUUUCUUAUAUUGACCAGGCAUUGGAUCUAUUUAAUGAGCUCCGUGAGCAGGAUCCAUUCCGCAUUGAGAACAUGGACACGUUCUCUAACCUGCUGUACGUCCGGAGCAUGAAGCCGGAGCUGAGCUAUCUCGCCCACAGCCUGGUUGAAAUUGACAAGUACCGAGUGGAGACCUGCUGUGUCAUUGGUAAUUACUACAGUAUGCGUUGUCAGCACGAGAAAGCGGCUCUGUAUUUCCAGCGAGCACUGAAACUCAGCCCACGCUGUCUUGGGGCAUGGACACUCAUGGGCCAUGAGUACAUGGAGAUGAAGAACACAUCUGCCGCCAUUCAAGCCUACAGACAUGCAAUCGAGGUGAAUAAGCGUGAUUACCGGGCGUGGUACGGACUUGGUCAGACCUACGAAAUCCUCAAGAUGCCUUUCUACUCACUUUACUACUACAGGAAAGCUCACCAACUCAGGCCCAAUGACUCCCGUAUGCUUGUAGCUCUUGGCGAAUGUUAUGAAAAACUCUCACAGCAGGUUGAAGCUAAAAAGUGUUACUGGCGAGCUUAUUCAGUAGGAGAUGUGGAGAGGAUGGCGCUGCUCAAACUUGCCAAGCUUCAUGAGCAGCUAAAUGAAUCAGACGAUGCGGCUCAGUGCUACAUCAUCUACAUCCAGGACAUUUUCUCAUGUGGGGAGCAGUUAGAGCAUGUGGAGGUGAGCACAGCUUUGCGUUAUCUUGGUCAGUAUUACUUCAAGAACAAACUGUAUGACGAGGCAUCCCUGUGUGCACAACGCUGCUGUGACUACAAUGAAGCACGUGAGGAGGGAAAAGCUCUGCUCCGUCAGAUCUCCGCCGUGAGGGAACAGGGAGAACCAUCAUCUGAACAGAGUGUGUUUAACCCACUUAACACUGCCACACACACCCUGCAGAAUGUAUACAACACCACUACACCCAUUCGAAGAGUUUCACCUCUCGACCUGUCCUCCAUCACACCUUGACACACACCCAUACACAUAGUUCUUACUUAAUCGUCUUAUCCUGUACAGAUUGAUAUUUUCAGCUUGCUCAGAAAUAGUUGUAUGUGUAAUUUGGUUUAAAUGAAAAUGCUACAGGAGCAUGACCAUGAGAAGUUCAGAGCUGUGGCUCAGUUUCAGCAACGUGACUAAAUGGUUCUCACAGUGAUUAGAGAACAUCCUGCAGGAGACACUGAGGAUAAAAAAAAUACAGGAAAAAGCUUAUGGUCUGAAGGAAUUUCAUUAACGAUGAUUGUAAACUUCACCAACUAGCACUUCCUUCUGGAGCAGUCAAAAUAGAGAUGUAUAUCUGGUGUAGUUCAGGUCACAUGACUUCAUAUUCAGUGGUAUAAAAUUCUCUUACUGGACUUUUCUACAACUAUUUUAAAUAAAACUGCACACAGUGAUGCAUCAGCAAAUGCGUGCUGUGAUUAAAUGGAGAA